CUUUCAAGCUGCGAUAUCCCCUGCUUAUCUGUGCCGGGUCUCCCACUGUCAAUUUUUCUCGCAUUCUAUUGUAUCUUCGUUCCUAUAUAUUUCUCUUCUAUUCCGCCAUCUCCUCGUUGUUCGAGGUGGCGUUCGUCCGUUAAUCCAGCGUCGCCGCAUCCCAAGCCCCGUGGUCUGGCCCGCACCACGAUCCGGUGGGUUGCGGUGUUUCUGCAAUGAGCUUGACCUCGCGUGUCUUGGGCUUCUUUGCGACGACAGAGACAUCUUCUUCAGACUCGUCCGCGUCAGCCUCCUUUCCUCAAAAUGUCCCGGUCGACCUCCGCAAGACGACGCCGAUAAGCGCAAACACCGACCAUUAUGCACAGAAUGCACAAUCUCACCACGACGAAGAAGAGGAGCCCCGUCCGCCGUACCUACACGCAAUGUUCGCUGGAGGUAUCGGUGGUACUUGCGGUGACAUGCUCAUGCACUCGUUAGAUACGGUCAAGACGCGCCAACAGGGCGAUCCGCAUUUCCCUCCCAAGUACACCUCCAUGACUUCGUCAUAUGCGACCAUCUACCGACAAGAAGGGCUCCUCCGCGGUCUGUAUGGCGGAGUGACUCCGGCACUCCUCGGCUCAUUCCCCGGCACCGUGAUCUUCUUCGGAACCUACGAAUACACCAAACGUCUUAUGUUGGAUUCGGGGAUCAAUGCGAAUGUGGCUUAUCUUUCUGGAGGCUUUUUCGCGGACUUGGCCGCCUCCAUCGUCUAUGUGCCCUCGGAAGUGUUGAAAACUCGGCUGCAACUCCAGGGUCGCUAUAAUAACCCUCACUUCAACUCGGGAUACAACUACCGCUCGACCACGGAUGCGCUGCGCACGAUUAUUCGCCAGGAAGGAUUUCCCGCGCUCUACUACGGAUACCGCGCAACCAUCUACCGGGACCUGCCCUUUUCCGCCCUGCAAUUUGCCUUCUACGAACAGGAGCAACGGUUGGCAAAGGAAUGGGUGGGCUCCCGAGACAUUGGGCUCGGUCUGGAGAUCCUGACCGCUGUUACCGCUGGUGGUAUGGCGGGUGUGUUGACAUGUCCGAUGGAUGUUGUCAAGACACGUAUUCAGACCCAGCAGAACCCCGAGAGCACACCCCCAAGCCGUCCCUCGGGCGCCUCGCACUCCGCGACAGAGCAUUCGUCGACUAAGGAGGGACCGCGCCAUCACGCGGCAUCGCAUGCGACAUCGAGCCUGCGCACGCAUUCGCGCCCAAUCUCCACCUCGGGAGCGUCCACGUCGGUGAACCCGCCUGGGGCUCCCCGUCUGGAUACGUCAUCGUUCUUCACUGGCUUGAAGAUGAUCUACCAGACGGAAGGACUGGCAGGCUGGUUCCGUGGCGUUGGGCCUCGUGGUGUGUGGACCAGCAUUCAAAGUGGAACGAUGCUGGUGAUGUACCAAUAUCUUCUGAAGAAGUUCGACGAGUGGGAGCACCGGGCGGAGAUGAAGCCUCUCUGAAGUUAGGAUGAGGCGCGGACAUGCGCAGUCCGCUGUAGAUAGAAGAAGAAGAAGGAACCCAAAGCAUAUCGACGCAUCCUAGACGGGCUUUAUUGGGGAGAGGGCGUUCCGGCAGGGUUGUGGCAUGACCUUUUUUUUUCACCUUUUCUCUCUCUCUUCUUGUGUGUUCUUUUACCACCCUUUUAUUUCUCGUUGUUUUGUAAUCCUAGAGCAUCUCCCUCCAUUUUCCUCCGGUCGCCGCCCUCUUGUGUUUUGGACCCGUUGACUUUUGAUGGCAUGAUUUAUUUUAUUGCAUGAGAGAUUGGGAGGAUGUUUCUUGUCCUGCCAGAUGUGUGUAUACAAGAUCGAACGAACUACUACAUAGACUUACUAGAC